AUGUCUUCUUCUUCCAUCACAUCCCACACAUUCACCUCCCCCGCCUCCUCGAAACCAUACGCCUACCUCGCCGCUGGCCCCUCCAAUGGGCCCCUUGUGGUCUUCCUCCACGGCUGGCCGGCGAUCGCCUUGACAUGGAAACCCCAGCUGCUCUCACUAUCGAGCCUGGGCUUCUACUGCGUCGCCCCGGACAUGCCUGGGUACGGGGGCACCUGGACGAGUGACAACCCGAGCGACUUUGCGCUGGAGAAGAUCGUGCCGGACCUGCUGGAGCUGGUGAAGCACCUGGGCCGCAAGAAAGCCCUCUGGGUCGGCCACGACUGGGGCUGCGGACCGCUGUACGCCCUGGCGAGCCACCACCCAGAAGUGUGCCGCGCGAUCGUGGGCAUCUCGGUGCCGUACCGCACGCUGGAGCUGGGCCUUCCGGGGCUUCUCGACCUGAUCGACCGCGACGUGUACCCAGAGAGCGAGUUCCCCUACGGCCAGUGGGACUACCAGGUCUUCUACGAGCAGGAACCCCGGGCGAUCGACCGGCAAUUCGAGUCCAACCUGCCCGUGUGCCUGAAACUGGUCUACUCCCGCGGCAGCCCGCACAGCGGCAAGGCACAGGCGCGCACCGCCCAGGUGACGCGGCACAAGGGCUGGUUCGGGGGGCCCGACGCGCCGCUCCCGGACCUCCCGCUCGACAAGACGGUGCUGGACCAGGACAUCUACACGGCGCUGAUCGCGAGCGCGCAGAAAAACGGCUGGAAGGGCGCCACGGCGUGGUACCUCAACCACGGCGCGAACCGGCGGUACACGCUCGAGCGCAGCGUCGACGACGGCGUGCUGGCCAUGCCCGUGCUCUUCAUCCACACGGCCUACGACGCCGUGUGCCAGACGGUCGACAACCCGAAGCUGACCCAGGCCAUGCGCGACAAGUGCCGCCACCUGACCGAGUUCGUCAUCCCCGCCGGCCACUGGGGCAACCUCCAGUGUCCCGAGGAGGUCAACUCGGGCAUUUCCAGCUGGGUCUUGAAGAAUCUGCCCGACUGGUGGCCCGGCCCGGAGAUGAAGAGUCGUUUGUAG